AUGGGGCUAUCCAACCUGGUGUCGACGAUGCGCAGUGCCAAGGAGACCAUCGCGAAUUGGGCCCUAUGGAUGCGACGCCUGCGCAGAGCGAGCACAGAACGCAUGACCUGCGAGCUCUGCCGCACCUCCCUGUCCGCCCCCCUCUUCUGGAAGACGCAGCCGAUCGCCUUGGACCUCGAGGAGGCAGCUUGCGGGCACAAGGGCCAGGAAAAGGCCGUGACGGAGCCCUGCGUGAAGGCACUUAGUGAGCGGCGCCAGGAAAAUCGUGGCAUCCUGGCUGCGCGUCUCCGCAUUCAGUGCUUUAUCAUGUCUUCCCUUGUCUCCGAAGCAUUCCACAUCGCCGGGGAGGCCUCCGGCGACCAUCCUACAUCGCAGUCCAUCAAGGAGUUCUUCGAGCGUGUGGAUCAGACCGCCAUUGCGGCGGCGGCGAAGCGUCUGAAGAAGCAAGGCGAGGAGCACACGUACGCCGCCAUCGCGACUGCGCGCCCGUCGCGGAACGCGCUGGACGACGCGCCCGAGCGGAGGCGGCUGGAUUUUGCGAAGCACGUGAUAUCUUUAUCGCGCAGGCCGCAGUGGUACUACGACAAUCUCGCGCGGUGUGACCUCUGCAACUCUGUCCACCCUCGGGCUCAGAAGACGGCGCAAGACGUGGCGCUUGCGCGGAGGGGGAAGAAAGGAUGGAUGAGCAAAGGCUCUCAGGCGCAAUCGCAGCACCUCCGCGGCCCCAAACGCCACCUCAAGUUGAAUAGCUCUGACGCGGCGCGGGCGCGGCGGGUCCCGGUCUUCGCGCGCGGGAAGCUCCACAUCGAGCCGCUGCCUGGCGAUUUCCUUGGGGAGACUCCGCUAGGGGCCGAGAUCAUGGUGGCGAAGGUGCGGGCUGCUCUAAAUGUGCGGUUUCCCGGGGGCGGCCGGCUGCCUCGCGCGCUCGCGGACCGUGGGGGCGGCAUCUGCAGCGCCGGCUCGGGGGCAAUCGCCGAGGAGUACCGCGGGGCGUUGCGGCGCCACGACCUGAGGGCAUUUUUCCCCGCGGACGUUUCUGCGCUGCCCAGCCAGCUCCAGCAGGUCAUGCCCCGCGAGACCGCGGCGUCGUGGACGCGGGACAGGCACGCGAAAACGCCCCCGAUGCGGUGCUGGGAGGAGACCUCGGAGGCGCACCGCGCCCGGCUGAAGGCCUGCGCGGCGCAAGUCAAUUGCGCCUGUGACGUCGACGGCCUGCGCCGCGAGCUGCCGCCCAGAGUGAAGGACCUGGACCGCCGCCGGGGAGACCGCCUCGCCAAGUGA